AUGCCGCGUGGCAAUCAGAAAGAACAUAGCAUGGGACAGCCAAAACAUGGGGAAUUCCCCACCAAGGAAUGUAACCGGCAGCAUGAUAGCUCCAACAAAGAUGCCAGCAGCAGUCUCACCAAUAGUGGGGACACUGCUGACCAAAUCUGUUUGUCUCGGACACAACAAGAGGCAUCGGGGCCCACUAGUCGCAGCAGAAGCAGCAGCAACAGUCGCAAUGGCAGCAGCAACAGCAACAGCAGCAGCAGCAGCGCAAGAAGCGCAUCAAAUGGGGGAUCUGCGCAUUCGCUUCCCAGACUUUUAAACCCAGUAGCCGGUUUUUCCGUGCGGCGCAUUAUGGAGGGCCCUGUCAGUCUCCACCAGCCUGCUACUGCUGGCUCUGCUGCAGCGCGGGGCAAUAAUCCGCACCAUCUUUCUCCCGCGGCGGCUGCAAAAGCAACGGAGAUCGCAGCUCUAGCUAGUGGUUCGAGACAAGCUGCAGCGAUGAAGUCUUUAAAUGCUCCGUGGAUUCCAUUGAACCCACUGCUGUACGAGCAGCAGCAACGCCAGUUGCUACGGCUAGAGCCUCAGAAGCAUGAUCUGCAGCACAGGGAGAAACAGCAGCAGCAACGACAGAAAAUUACUCCCCGUACUCCUUCAGGAGUCAAUUCGUAUACUGUCGCCGCAGCGCUUCGGCAGCAAGAGUACCCAAAGCAGCAGCGGCAGCAGCAGCAGCGGCACAUUGACCAGACCGAGCAACAGCAGGAGGAACAAGAGGUUGCAACGGAGGAACAGAAGUGCCGGUUGCACAAGUUGAAGCAGCAGCUGCACUCUCUGGGAUACAAGGACAAUCUGGACGCCAAAAGCUGCCAGCUCGCCUCCCGACUGCUCUCUGACCUAGUCAAAUCUGUUGGGCACUUCAGGGCCCUCAUCAUCAGGUACAGAGAGCUGCAGCAGCGACUGCGUGAAGAAACCGUCUCUGCCGCUGCUGCCGCUGCUGGCCAGCAGCGGGAGGCAGCAGAAGCAGAAAAGUACAAAAGGGAAGCAGAAGCAGUACACCGGCAGCUACGGCAGCAGCAACGACAUCAGCAGCAGCUGCAGGAAGAGCUACGGUCAUGCAGAGCGCUGUUGCUGGAAAAUACGAAGCGGCAAACGCCAGCAGCAGCAAACGCCACAGAUCGCCAGGGAUCACUCACUCUCGAGGGAGAAGGGAAACUGCUCUUUGCCCUAGUAAAUUGCCCUGUUGUAGCACGGUCAUUGGACUUCAUAUUCUUGCUGGUUCUGUCCGGCCGCGUGGCUGCUGCAGGAGAUGCCGCAGGAGCCUCAGAGCUGUUGGAGCAGCUACGGGAUGGGUGCCAGCUGCCGCAGCAGCAACUGUCUCGACAGCAACUGAACCACGAAAAGGAAAUAGGGGAGUUGCAUGAGCUGCAGAAACCGCAGGAUAACGAGGAGAAAACGAAACUGCGCCUUUUGCUGCUUUCAAAAGAGAAAGAACUGAGAGAUCUUCAGGGGGAUUUUGACGCGCUAAACGCUAGCCAUCAGGCGUUGCGUUCUGCUAGCCUGAAAAGCGGGAACAGCAGCAGAUCUUUAGUCCGCCCUACUGCUGCCGCGAGCAGUAGCAAAGCCUCCAACAGGAGGCUGCUGCUGCUAAGGAGCACUCGAGGCGACGCCACAACAGAACGCCGGCUGCUGCUGCAACGUUGCAACUCCCUCCAAAAACAGCUAAGAGCGGCGCAGGCUGAGAAGGAGGAAGUUGCUGCAGAAUUGAAGCAGUGGAUAUCAAGGGUAAUAAAUUUUGAGGGCGGCCUUCAGCAUGCGAAAGAAAAGGCGACAGCAGCGGAAAAGGAACAGGAAGUGCUGCGGCAGAAGAAUUGCAUGGAGAAGAUUCAGGCUGCAAAGCAGGAACAGAGGAUGCAGCAGCAGCAGGAGGAGAUACGACACCUCCACCAGCAGCUUGAGGCUGAACGCAAGCGCAACAAUGAAAUGCGGGAAGCGCUUUUCGGACUUCAAGCAGCCAGCAAGACCGCGCAUCGGCACGCUGCCUUGCUUUUGCAGCAGCAGAAACGGCAUGAGGAGCAGCUGCAACAACAAAAUAUGCAGCAGCAGCAGCAGCAGCAGCAGAGCUGGGCUACUUGUCACGAGCAUGUUGCUGCCGUUGCUGGUUCUGGUGCUGCUACCAACCCAGCAGAGCCUGCUGCUGCAGUCACUCCGCGACGAGGCGGAAGCUACAACUUUCAGGUUUGUCUGGACUUCAAGAGCCGGCUUAGCAUCAUUGGUUGCUGUAGGAGCAGCAAUGGCAUCAUGGCCACUGCAAUUAGUACCACAGCGUUCAUGACUGUGGCGUUUGCUUCAGAAGUAGCAUUGCGAUUGGAGCAAGAGAAGCAACGCACAAGCGGCACAUGCCCAGCAUCUCCUUUAAGGCAACAGCAGCACCAACAGCUGCAACAGGAGCUUCAACAGCUGAAGCUACAGCAGCAAAAACAGCAGCAAAUGGAGCAGCAUCUUCGUUCGCAGCUCGAGGCACAGGCAAUGACGCUGGCAGAACACCGCAAGACAGUGGUAGACCUGCAGCACGAACUUCUUGCAGCCGAGCUUGAAAGAUCCAGGAGCGCCGAGGCUGUGUCCGCUCUAGAGGCGGACAAACGAAAGGCUGAAGAGUCCAUCGAACUUCUGCAGCAGCUGCUGAAGCAGAGCGAGCAGCAGCAGUGGCAACUGCAGCGACGCGUGGAGGCGGCAGAGGAAGUAGCUGCACAACAGCAGCAGCAGCAGCAGCAGCAGAAACAACAGCAACAACGACAGCAGCAAACGGAGAAGCUCGUCGCGCACUUGACACUGACACAAGCCGAGGGGCAGCAACGCCAAGAAGCACUGAAAGCUGAGAACGCAGCCUUGCAGACCGAGCUGCAGCAACGGCAGGAUCAGCUGCGCAAUGCAGCAGCCCAACUCGAAGCUGCAACUCGGCGGUGCGUAUUGGCUGAGACGGACAACGAGAGUUUAAUAGACAAGCUCGAUACUCUUGCCGCUGCUCUUGCUGCCAAAGCGGCUGCAGAGGACACAAAAGCAACAGCAUCAGCACUCACUGCCUCAGCGCCUUUGUCCAUAGCGCAUCCGCAUGAGCCAGCAGCAGCAGCAGUUGCUGCUGCCUCAGUGAGGGCCUCCUUGCGACUGCGCUGA